AUGUCUACGACAACGGAAGGAAAUAAUUUAUACGCUUUGGAGGACCAAAAACAGAAACAAGAAGGUUCUCAGCAACACGAAACUGCGGUUCAGAUAGAAAAUUUUUCUACUGCGCCACCCUCGACAAGCUUAACGCAAGGGACUACUUAUGCACUCGUUCCUACUUCCUUUACAGGAACCACGUCUCAACCAGUGCCCUCCUUAACUGCCAAAAAGCGUGCAAGAAAUGUGACGAUGGAAGGCCCUGCCAACGAUGUAUUAAAGAGAAAGAAAGGUGUGAAAAGAGGUCCUUAUAAGCGUCGUACACAGCAAAAAGCGCAAGAUGUCAAAAAUUCGAUCAUUUCAACAAGUACUCCUGAUAUCCCUGCCCCCGCACUUGUACCCGUCUCUAAUACUGAAGGAAAAGUCGACGGUCAAGCUGCCAUUCCUAUACCCAAAAAUUUACCGAUAAACCUUUCACAAAUUACUGGAACCCAAGUACCUAUCACAUUGACAACAUCCGAUGGUGUUGGGCAAUUUGUAAUCAUUCCUCAAAGUUCAGGAGGCGUACCAUAUUACAUUCUUAUGCCAGUACAAAGACAAAAUCAAACUUCUACUCCUGCUACUAGUAUUUGUGCUAGUACGGAUUCUUCAACUGGGUCGUCGGUUCAAGACUUGCCAAUUAAGAUCGAACUUAGGUUUCAACCAGAAAAAUCCGAAAAGUUACUUUCGGAAGAAGAGUCGCAAAAGUCCAAAUUGACUGCGACGAGUGUAACCAAGGAUGCAAAUUCGGAAAUUAUUCCGAAUAAAGAAAGAGAAGAUAAAGAUAAAUCGAAUUUAUCGGUUCUUUCUCUUGUAUGUAGUGAUUUAUUGGAUAAAGAUACUGUUUCUAAUGAACUAGCAAAUAAGGAAAUGCCCGAAAAUUUUCAAGAUGGGAAAUCAACUAAACAGAAUAUUAAUACAUCUGUUAGUUGGAAUUUAGUAAACAAUAAUAAGCAAGAAGUCGUUUCUCCAAGGUCCAACGAUAUGAAGAUACCUGAUUCGGUUAAAAAUCAAGUUAGAGAAGAAAAUUUGGACGACAAGUCGUCAAAGGCAUCGGGAAAAGCAGCAUGUUGCGGGGAAUCUCAAGCUAUGGAUGCUCCCCGAGUUAAUAAUCCUCCAUCAUUUGAGACACCUUCCGUUGGAAGCCCUUUGCUAUUUUCAAUCCCUGCUAAUACUUAUCCUGUUGCUCCGGCUGAAUAUAUGUCAAUAAAGAGAGAAUCUUCAAUUGAUAAUAUUCGUAAUGUGAAACGAGCGAAAUACCAACAUGAAGGUUUCACAUUACCUCAACAUGGUGCUUCAUUUUCUCAAAAUCAAAUACCAAUGCAACAACCAUAUUAUGGAAUACCACCAUUUAUUACACUACCACAUUCUGUCACAAAUCCAUCUAAUACUUAUAUGGCACAGAAUCCAUCAUCACCCUUUUAUCAAUGGAGAUAUAACGGUCAGCAAUUGCCGCAGCAACUUACACCAACUUCUUUAUCGUUCGCUUUUAAUCCUGGGAUGACUAACGUCAACGCGCCCCAGUCGCAUCAUCAAGGUUAUGCAAAUAUUUCUGCUCCACCAAGCUCGGAUGUACCUUCUCAAAUUCAAAAAAACUAUUCAAACUAUUAA